GGCACUACCCUAUGCAAAAAUGAAGAUAUAGGUCUCCCUUACAGAGGCUUAAAAGCCACGCACCCUCCACACUUCGAUGGGUCCUUUCGGUGAUCACGUGAAUGGCAGCGCCGCUUUCCCGGAAGUUGCGCUCAAACAAGGGAAAGGCGUGAGAAGAAGCUCCACCCCCUCUUUCGCCGCCUCCAAUAAAGCACGCCAAAAGACGCCACAUCCAGGGCCGUGUGUGGAAGUAACGCGACACCACCGCGGAGGAGGAGUGCGGACGCUCCGAGGAUGAUUGAUUGCUAAGCGGACGACGCCGCCGCCGCAUUAGUCGGAAGAGAGUGCGAGGACAUACCGGGACGUCGUUUUGCGGAACCAAAAAGAGGGUGCUUCCCUACUGCAAAGUGUGCAUUCACCCUGCAGGAUGCAACACAGCAGCAGCUCACCUUGCUAGAGCGGACUGCACCAGAACCUGACUGCAUCUGUGACAUCAUUCCUCGUGGCCUCUAGAGCCAACAUGGGACACGUAGAUGCCCCCCAGGCUGGAUUUUAAAGCAGGUCUGUCCUCCAGAGAUGGAGAGGGUCGAACUGGAGCCGGAGAGGGAGGCCGAAGCACCCAUGCACAGCGUGCACGGAGCCAACCGGACCAGGCCGUCCUCCUACCGAGCCCUGCGCAGCGCCGUGUCCAGUCUGGCCCGCUUGGACGACUUCAGCUGUGAGAAGAUAGGAGCUGGGUUCUUCUCUGAGGUCUUCAAGGUUCAGCAUCGUGUGUCGGGCCAGGUGAUGGCACUGAAGAUGAACAUCCUGGCCAGUAAUCGGGCCAACAUGCUCAGGGAGGUCCAACUCAUGAACAGACUGUCACACCCCAACAUCCUCAGGUUUAUAGGAGUGUGUGUCCAUGAGGGGCAGCUUCAUGCGCUCACUGAGUACAUCAACGGUGGCAACUUGGAACAGCUGUUGGACAGCGAUGUCUUCCUCUCAUGGAGCGCACGUCUCGGCCUGGCGCUGGACAUCGCCCGCGGCCUACGCUACCUGCACGCCAAAGGCAUCUUCCACAGGGACCUCACAUCCAAGAACUGCCUGGUGCGCUGGGAGGGCGGCCUCUGCUCGGCUGUGGUGGGAGACUUCGGCUUGGCGGAGAAAAUCCCGGAUUACAGUGACGACGCAGACCAGGAGCCUCUGGCUGUGGUAGGCUCCCCCUACUGGAUGGCUCCGGAGGUGCUCCGGGGCGAAGUGUACAAUGAGAAGGUGGAUGUGUUUGCGUACGGCAUCAUCCUGUGUGAAAUAAUCGCAAGGAUACAGGCUGACCCUGACAUCCUGCCACGCACUGAGGACUUUGGUCUGGAUGUGGAGGCUUUUACGCAGAUGGUCGGAGACUGCCCCAAAGACUUCCUGGACCUGGCUAUCCUCUGCUGUAAUCUGAGCGCCAAGCAGCGUCCAUCUUUUUCUCAUAUUGUGGUGGAUCUCGAGAAGAGGCGGCAGAAAGAUGAGCCUACAUUCUCAGAGGUUUCUCUAGCAGCUGGCCCCCUAAGGAGGCGGUCCCUCGGUCUGCCGUCGGACCCCCGCCUCUCCCGCAGCAAAUCUGAUAUGCUCCACACCCCGGACGCAUCCCCAUCUGUCAGCCUGGCCCCUCCCGCCCGUGUCAACCCCUUCUCCCAGCGAGAGGACCUGAAAGGCGGCAAGAUAAAGCUGUACGAUACUCCCAGCAAGUCGGUCAUCUCCCUCACCUUCACCCUGCCACCACUGCCUGACCCCCACGGCGGCCCCCCUGAGGCCGACCCGCCCCGAAGGCACCGGCGCUGCCACUCGCUGCCGUGUAUGCCGCCCCCUCGCAUGACCACUGCCUUGAGCAUGGUCCUCCCUGAGGAGACGUCGCUGUGUGACGCUGUGAACUGUGAAGACGAGGGACUGCUUGGAGGUGAAAAGGAUGUGCGGGACGAGGGCAGAGCUCACCAGGUGGAUGAUUCUGGCCUCCCACCAUCCCUUGAACUUCUCACAGUGGACAAAGAGAAAGAGGAGGAGCCUAUGGACUGCACCAGCUCUCCAGAUACACAAGACAGCUCUUCAUCAUACUCUAAGCUCUCCUCCCCUCCCUCCCACUCCUCCACCCCCUGCCAGUCCUCCUCUCCCCCAUUUUCAAAUGGCUGGACUUCAACCAUCUCCUCCCGCCUGCCUCCCUUGCCUCAUUUGGACAACAGCAAAGUGGUUGUGAACGGACCUCUGGUUUGGAGCGGUGCCACCACCGUGACCAACAACAACAGCUACCACUCUCCGUCCAGUGAGAUGGCCGCUCUGUCGCCGUUCGGCUCUGGCAGCGUUCAGUCUCUGGAUCAGGAGGAGGUCAUCUCCUGCCCGGGCUGCUGCCUGGCGGGCCUUCGCUUCCCUUCAGUGUGUCUCAGGGCGCCGCAGAGGAGGAACACGUACAAGAACCUGAACGGGGACCACACAGCCUCCCGUGGGCUACUCUGUCCUCCCACACCGACGACCACCAGCGUGGAGCCAGCGCUCGGUUUGCCCAAAGCGCACACCUAAAUUCACCCCCCCAAAAAAACCCUACAACUUGUGGGUGUUAUGUGUUGUGGGUGUUAUAAUUUGCACAUAUUUUAAUGCAGCAAUAUAAAUGCGUGUUUCAGUUACCUGAACACGUUGUGGCCUCUGGUGUGUUAGCUUAGCUUUGGUUUGCACGGUGCCCUCUGCUGGGCUGAGGGUGUCUUGCCUGGGUGGAUGACUGAUGCUCACAAUAUGCAGCAUCCCGUCCAGCAUGUAAACAUGUUGGCUUCCUGUCACAUGACCAUUGACUGAUGCUCCGAUGAGGAAUGUUACUUACUGUUGCAAUGUUUUUUGUUUUUGAAUGUUCGGUGCUUUAAUGUCUUUAAAAUUUGUUCAGUGCACCACUGAGUUGUGUGUGUGUGUGUGUGUGUGUGCGUGCGUGCGUGCGUGUGUGUGCGUGCGUGCGUGCGUCUGAGAGACAGUGUGCCUACUGUUCCUUUGGCUAUUUUUGUUGCUGUUCAGUCUGUUGAGGCCCCCCUUUGGGUUGCCACGUAAAGCACUUCAACUGUUAUGGACUGCAAUGGACGGUCCAAGACCUGAUUAAGAAUUGUUCGUAUUGUUAUUUAAAUUGAAUAAAAAGAUAGAAUGCCGAGGUGUUUUUCACUAGUGUCGAAAAAAGGCGAAUCGGGGUGAUUCCAUAGGAGUGCAAAUUAAAUUUUCCGA